AUGUUCAGCCUUAUCAAGCUUCAGCGUGUCUUCAAUGUCCACCAAGUGCCUAAAGCAUUUCAGGAGGACAGCAUCAUCUCUGGAUAUCGACACCCCCGUAGUUCAGCCACAGACUGUGUGUUUAGUCUCUUUCAGCUCACCAAUGAGACCCUCAAUGUCUGGACACACUUUCUACCAACAUGGUAUUUUCUCUGGAAGUUGAUGACAGUGUUGUUGAUGGAGGAUGCGUGGUACGAUACGUACACAUGGCCUCUGCUGGUCUUCUUGUUCUCCUGCUGUGUGUAUCCUCUGGCCUCCAGCUGUGCCCACACCUUCAGCACCAUGUCUACCCGCGCUCGCCACAUCUGCUACUUCUUUGACUACGGAGCGCUCAGCCUGUACAGCCUCGGUUCAGCGAUCAGCUACUCUGCAUAUGUUUUUCCUGACGCAUGGGUGAACGGCACAUUUCAUGCAUACUACAUUCCUGCAGCUGUGCUAAACACCAUCCUCGCAACCAGCAUGGCCUGCUACUCCAGGCUUGGCAUACCAUUCCUUCACUAUAACCAUGACACCGAUGAAAGAUACCUGGAGAGACAGAGCCCACGGCUGAGUAAAGUGUUGCGAAUUCUUGCCUUUGCCUACCCUUACCUGUUUGACAACAUUCCUCUCUUCUACAGGUUGUUUCUGUGUGUAGGUGAGGGUUGCACUGAUAAUGAAGCAAACUCCAUUCAUGUUUAUCACACAUUGCUGGCUUUUCUCACCAGCUUCCUGUUUGCAACACACUUACCUGAGAGACUGGCACCUGGGCGCUUUGAUUACAUAGGCCACAGCCAUCAACUGUUUCACGUGUGUGCAAUAAUUGGGACACACUUCCAGAUGAAGGCCAUUGAAGCUGACAUGGUGCUGAGACAGCCACAGCUGCUGGUCGCUGCUCCUCCUAUCACGUUUAAUAACACUGUUGGAUCGGCUCUGGCUUGCGUCUGCAUCAGUCUGGGGAUCAUAUGUCUUUAUAGUCUACCUCUGUUGUACGGCUCCUCAGAAACACACCCAACAAAAACUGAAGGAAAGAAAUGCAAGCACUAAAUGCUACUUGAGACAGUUACAACGGUUAUUAUGAAAAUAUAUCUAGGACGUUCUUACUGGGUAUUACGUUAUAAAAAAUCCCCAAGAGGGGUUGUACCGAAGCUAUGCAACCUGAAAUAGCAGAGAGUAAUGAAUGUGUUACUGCAUGAAUUCUGCUAAAAAAAAAAAAGGCACUGAAUCUCUGGAAGGUCACUGGGUGUUAGUGGGAGGUUGUGCCAAAGUAGUGUUUAUUAAAUUAUUAAAUUAUUAUUACAUUUACAUAACCAUCACACUUCUAUGCAUAUACUCAGACUGGUCAUUAUUUCGUCAGUCCAAUUUUUCUAUGCUAUAUAUUAGAGCAUGCAUUUGGAAUGAAUUCAGUUGAAUGAAUCAGACUUUUCUAUGCUACAAAUGAGAGAGAGGAGACC